CUGUGACAUCUACUACAGACGCUACUGCAACUUCGACAACUUCUCCUGGGGGCACCACUGCUCUGACAGCCUCUACAGAGGCUGGUGUAUCUUCAACAACUCCAACUGACAGCACCACGUCUGUGACAGUGUCUACAGGACCUACUGCAUCUUCAACAACUCCUAGUGAGCACACCACUCCUGAUUCCACUUCUACAGAAGGUAGCACAUCUAGUGAAACCAACACCCCUGUGACAUCUACUACUGGUGCUACUGCAACUUUGACAACUUCUUCUGGGGGCACCACUGCUCUGACAGCCUCUACAGAGGCUGGUGUAUCUUCAACAACUCCUGCUGACAGCACCACCUCUGUGACAGUGUCUACAGGACCUACCUCAUCUUCAACAGCUCCUAGUGAGAGCACCACUCCUGAUUCCACUUCUACAGAAGGUAGCACAUCUUCAGCAACAUCUAGUGAAACCAACACCCCUGUGACAUCUACUACAGACGCUACUGCAUCUUUGACAACUUCUCCUGGGGGCACCACUGCUCUGACAGCCUCUACAGAGGCUGGUGUAUCUUCAACAACUCCUGCUGACAGCACCACCUCUGUGACAGUGUCUACAGGACCUACCGCAUCUUCAACAGCUCCUAGUGAGAGCACCACUCCUGAUUCCACUUCUACAGAGGGUAGCACAUCUUCAUCAACUGUGACAUUCACUACUGGGACUACUGCAUCCUCAAUUAUGCCCUCUAGUGGCACUACCUCUCUGAUAACCUCUACAGCGACUACUUUAUCUUCAACAUCUCCUAUUGACAGUGCCACCCCUGUGACAGUAUCUACAGAAGCUAGUGCAUCUUCGACAACUCCUAGUGACGGCACCACAGCUGUGACACUGUCUACACAGGCUACUUCAUCUUCAACAACUGCUCAUGAUACCAGAACUCCUGUGAUAACUUCUACAGGGGCUAGUUCAUCUUCAAUAAGUCCCGCUCCCACCAGCACACCUUUGAUCACCUCUACUGAAGCCAGCUCCACUUCUGUGACCCCUGAGGUUGUCGUCACCACAACUCUCUCCACUGCAACAGCCGGAACAAAACCUAGCACACAGAGUGCUACCUCCAUCACAGUCCCCACUCUCUCCACUAGUUCAUCCACCGUUAUAACAAAGAGCACUUCUACCCCAAUUCCUAGUACUCCAUCAACCACACCAAUGAUCUGCUUCAAUGGAGGGACAUGGAACGGACAGGCCUGUGAAUGCCCCCCUGACUAUGGAGGAGAUAAGUGUCAGGACGAGCCCGCAGUCUGCCAGAACGGAGGCUCCUGGGAUGGGAUCAAGUGUGUAUGCACUAGCCUCUACGAGGGGUCAAAGUGUGAGACUGUGGUCUCAAGUAUUGACAUAGAGCCGGAGAAUGUUUCUGCCCAAAUGGAACUGACUGUGAAAGUGACCAAUCAGAAGUUCAGCCAAGAGCUACUAAACCGGAGUUCUUCCGAGUUCCAGAAGUUCAAUGAGACAUUCACAAAACAGAUGGAUAUAAUUUACUCCGGAAUCCCUGAGUAUGAAACGGUCAACAUCACAAAACUGACUCCUGGCAGUGUGGUGGUGGAGCAUGAUGUCAUCCUGAAGGCCAAGUUCAUCCCAGAUUACAAGGAAUUUAUUAAUAAGAUAGCUAAGAAGGUGGAGGAAAAAAUCAAGAAUGCAACCCAAGAGCAAAUACUCAACAAUGAUACAUGCACAACUUUACUGUGCUUCAACAUGACUGCCACCAAGGUGCAAAACAUUUCAGUUACAUACGACCCUGAAGAGGAAUGCCGGAAGAAGGCUGGGAAAGACUUUGCUGAGCACUUCUUCGUGGAGUACAAGGACGAGAGACCCAAGUGCAUCACCCGCUGCAUGCCAGGCUUCAAGGCCUCCCUAAACUGCAACUUCGGGACGUGCAGGCUGGAGCGCAGUGGCCCUCGUUGCUACUGCCUGACCACAGACACUGAAUGGUACAGUGGAGAAACCUGUGAGUUCAGCACCAAGAAGAGCCUGGUGUAUGGGCUUCUGGGGGCCGUGGGGGCAGUGGUGCUUGUCGGCCUCGUCAUCCUCCUGGUGUUCGUGCUCCGCUCCAAGAGAGAGGUGAAAAGGCAAAAGUCCAAAGUGAAUCAGUUGUACCAGUGGCAUGAAGAGGAUGGUGGACCAGCCCCUGGGACCUUCCAAAACGCUGGCUUUAACAUCAGUGAAGAACAAGAGGACUCCAUGCACCUGGACUCCGUCUAUAGUAACUUCCAGCCCUCCCUGGGCCACAUAGACUCUAAAACACAGGUGAAAAUUCAGAGGCCUCAGGUGAUGAUGUCAUCACUUUAAGGCAAAGGGAACUUCACAUAGAGCUGAGGAGUCUGGAAGUAUGGAGACCUCAGUUCAGCUAAGCUUGGUGGAACAUUUCCCCAUUGAGAACAUUCCACAGGAACCUGAUGAAAAAUAAGUAGGAAGAGGAGAGAGAACACCGUUCUGAGAAUCUCUCAAACAGAAACACCAUGGAAGCUCCAAUGGGCUUGUCAUGAUCUCAGGCGAGAGUCUCUCCUACUCAUUCUGGGGAGGUUCUUCCUCCCUCGGGCCCAGUUUCAGCACCAAGGACAGCAUCUCAUCAACGAGUUUACUAUGGUGAUCACUCAAACACUGGAUUGCACUUUGCGUUUCACAAAAUACUUGUGUAAGAUUUAUUGCAUUCCCUCUUCGUUUUUUUUUUUAAUACGUAGCAUGUUUUCUCUGAGUAUAUAGGAUUAUGAGUAUUCUUUAAGUUCUAAUUUUUAUCCACCGAUUCUUGGUUUCUGUUAGUCAAUAUAAUCACUUCUAUUUUUAAUCAUUGAAAACAACAAAAGCAAUUUCAUUAUAUUUUUCAUGGUUCCUAAACCAUUCUCCAGUCAACUCGCUAUACAAGCUCCCGUUUCUCAUCUGCCAGGUUCUCUCCGCCUUUCCUCCAGGAUAUAGGGUCUGAUGAGUUUGGCCUCAAGAUGACAAAAGGGAAAUCUGCAGCCAGGAAGAGUGCCAUCCCCUGACGUUCCCUGGCACCACUUGCUGUCCACUGAGGGUACCAUGAGGCAGAACCCACACACACUCACUCACUUACCUGACACAGGGAUUCAUUUCCUACUGGGAGAGAACCGAGUUCUACUGGAAGUGAGCUCAUGUGUCUUUCCGUAGAUCUAAAGUGAUGGAGUCUUGGGUUCUAUUUCCAACUUUCUCAUUAACUCCCUGGGUUAAAUUUGGGAAAAUCAUUUUUUACCAUUUAGACUCAGUCUUGCCUUCUUUUUUUUUUAAUUUAUUGGGGUGACAAUUGUUAGUAAAAUUACAUAGAUUUCAGGUGUACAAUUCUGCAUUACAUCAUCUAUAAAUCCCAUUGUGUGUUCACCACCCGGAGUCAGUUGACAGUCUCGCCUUCUGCUGAAUAAAUACUAAGUUGUUUUUAAAGUC